AUGUCUGGACGCGGCAAAGGCGGCAAAGGUCUGGGGAAAGGCGGCGCUAAGCGCCAUCGCAAGGUUCUGCGCGAUAAUAUCCAGGGUAUCACCAAACCUGCUAUCCGCCGCCUGGCUCGUCGUGGCGGUGUGAAGCGCAUCUCCGGGCUCAUCUACGAAGAGACCCGCGGGGUCCUGAAAGUGUUUCUGGAGAACGUGAUCCGGGACGCGGUCACCUACACCGAGCACGCCAAGCGGAAGACUGUCACCGCUAUGGACGUGGUCUACGCUCUCAAGCGCCAGGGCCGGAGAGAACCUAGUAUAAUGCAUAUACCUCUGGUUUGUGAUCACCCAUUUGUGAUGGCUCGUACUAAGCAGACCGCCCGCAAGUCCACCGGCGGCAAGGCGCCGCGCAAACAGCUGGCCACUAAAGCGGCCCGCAAGAGCGCGCCAGCCACCGGCGGCGUGAAGAAGCCGCACCGCUACCGGCCCGGCACGGUAGCUCUGCGAGAGAUCCGCCGCUACCAGAAGUCCACGGAGCUGUUGAUCCGUAAGCUGCCAUUUCAGCGGCUGGUGCGCGAGAUCGCGCAGGAUUUCAAGACCGACCUGCGCUUCCAGAGUUCGGCUGUGAUGGCGCUGCAAGAGGCGUGCGAGGCCUACCUUGUGGGGCUCUUCGAGGACACCAAUCUGUCCGCAGUUAUUGCGACAGCAGUCAUGUCUGGGCGUGGGAAGGGCGGUAAAGGCCUUGGUAAGGGGGGCGCUAAGCGCCAUCGGAAAGUCUUGCGGGACAAUAUCCAGGGUAUUACUAAGCCAGCUAUCCGACGUCUGGCUCGUCGUGGAGGCGUCAAACGUAUCUCCGGUCUUAUCUAUGAAGAGACUCGUGGGGUGCUGAAAGUGUUUCUGGAAAACGUGAUCCGGGACGCGGUCACCUACACAGAGCACGCCAAGCGCAAGACUGUUACCGCCAUGGACGUGGUCUACGCGCUCAAACGUCAGGGCCGUACCCUUUACGGUUUUGGUGGUUGA